AUGCUUACUGUGGCACAGCAAGCUCAAACAGCCGUACGUAAACGUCGCGUAAUGUAUGUACUAAUUUUGAUGGUUGUGGUAUUUAUGACUUCUUGGUUUCCAUUAACAAUUGUUAACAUUUUCCGUGAUUUUAGAAUAGGAACUUUUUUGGACAUGCAAAUGUACUUCAAAUUGCUCAAUGUUCAUGCAUUUGCAAUGACAUCCAUUGUUUGGAAUCCAUUACUUUAUUUUUGGAUGAGUAAACGUCAUCGGAAAGCAUUUAAGGAAGAUAUGUUUGGUACGGGAAAUAAUAUACGUAAAAACAACGAAUUACGCAUGGUGAACCGUGUUAUUACGCCAGGACCAGCUCCAUCUAUUAAUUUACUUUACAAAGAUACUUCUGAUAAAAAUUAUAAUCAGCGACAUUGUAGACGUGGUACUUUGGCUGAUCCAACAUGCAUUAGUAGAGAGCAAGCAUUUGCCCAAAUUCAUCCUAAUUGUUAUUUAUUGGUACCAUUAUUACCACUUUAUCAGGGUCCAUUAAAUCAGAGAUUUCAGCAAACACCACGGAAGGGUUGA